UUAGUUUUUUACUUUUUUUUUUAUUGUGAUAACUGUUGUUAAUUUGAGGGUAUUGUUUAGCCAGUAAGGAGGGACAUGAACAAAUAUUUGCAGAUCCUAGUGACACUGAAAAUGAAUGGGUAAAAUAACAACUGGUUUAAAAUCUGAUUUGUGUUAAAUUACCAUGUUUUGCUGUUUUGUGACAACAUGCCUUUAUCAGCAGUCUUCUAAUGAUGAUGUGAUUUAUGAUUUAAAAGGCCUGAACCAAUAUGGAUGUUAUACCUUGCAUCAGAAGUAUAGCACCAACAUCUAAUUAGCUCUCUCCUGAGCCCAAAGUCUCUGAGCCCAACUCUCCCUUCAUGAUGCAGUGUGUGUUUUGAGCACCCCGACAGCAAGAUGAUGCAGAUCAACCUGACGGGGUUCCUGAACGGGAAGAACGCCCGCGAGUUCAUGAGGGACCUCUGGCCCCUGCUGUUGAGCGCGCAGGACAACAUCGCCGGCAUCCCCUCCGCCUUCCUGGAGCAAAAGAAAGAAGAAAUCCGACAGAGACAGAUUGAACAGGAGAAGCUGGCUUCCUUGAAAAAGGUCGACCAGGAUAAGAAGGACAAGGAAGCACAAGAAAGGACUCGAUCAAAGAGCCCAAGAAGGUGGAAGACGAGGUCGCCGGGGAAGCGGGAGAGGAAACGCAGUCCGUCGCGAUCCCCAGUGCGCAAACCCAGCCCUGUCGGCGGGGACUCUUCGCCGCCGCCGCCUCUCAUGCAGUCGAACACUAAAACGUCACAGCCGCCCGAGGAGCCGGAUACGCCCGGGACAGGCCUGCCAGAGGCUGUCGUCCAGGAAGCUCCGUCUGCAGGCUUGACUGAUACAGUUGUCGAGUCUGUUAAAGCAGACUCUGUGGCCGAGGUCAAAGAACCGUCCCCAGAGAAACCGCCUAAGAAAGAGGAAAGACCAAGAUCCCGUGAAAGGGAGAAGGAAAAGGACACGAGGAAGGAAAGACCCCACCACCGCUCCCGCUCACGUUCUCACUCUCGUUCCCGCAGACGACGCUCCCGGUCUAGAUCUCACUCCCCUCGUAGGAGGCAAAGUCCCAGAAGGAGAAUGUCUCCUCGACGAAGGAGUCCCCCUAGACGUGGCCCCACCGGCCCCAGGAACAGACACAGACGCUCUCCUGUUCACAGGAGGCGCUCCCGUUCUGCUUCAUCUUCCGGCAGCAGCUCCUCAGGGUCACGUUCGCCUAAAAAACCCGUGAAAAGAAUAUCCACCACACCACCCCGAAAGCAAGUCCAUCGUCCCAACAUAUCUGUGAGCCCCGUUAGGAAAGACAAACGCUCGCCGUCUCCUCGCGCCAGGAGAGGCCGGGGCUCUGCUUCCCCUCCCAGAUCAUCAGGAGUAAAGCGAAAACCUGGAGCAAGGGGCGAUUCUCCACCUGAUUUUGUUAAGGCCAGAACUUCUGAAGGGUCGGAGUCAGACGAGGAUAAAAAUGAAAAAGGGGCAACAGCAGAUUCGGUGCAGCAGCGACGUCAGUAUCGCAGGCAGAAUCAACAGUCUUCUUCAGAUUCCGGAUCUUCGUCCUCCGAAGAGGAAGGACCUAAGAGGUCAGCACCAGGGCCAGGCGCCAGAAAUGGUGAAGUGAGGCGGAAACGCAGCCGUACCCCCUCACCCCGCAGGCGAUACAGGGACCCCUCACCAAGGAGGAGACGUUCUCCAUCUCCUGGCCGCAGACGUCGCACUCCUUCUCCCCCACGACGUCGCAGAUCUCCCUCCCCUCCUAGACGCAGGUCUCCUUCCCCACCCCCCCGGCGUAGGUCUAUGUCCCCCAGACGCUAUUCUCCUCCCAUCCAGCGUCGCUACAGCCCCUCACCUUUGCCUCCGCAGAAGAGGAAGAUGUCCAGCUCACCCGCAAAACGCUUCUCUCCAGGCCCUAAGCGGCGCUUCUCCAGGUCGCCCAAACGCAGAAGCCCACCCGCUCAGCGGAGACGCUCUCCUCCCUCCUCCACGUCUCCCCCGAGACACAGGAGGAGCCCACCUGCUGCCAGGCCCAGCAGGGAUGCCCGGUCCCCCGUCGGCGCUGCCAGGCGCCUCUCCCCGUCGCCCGCGAACCGAGGUCGCCCCGUGAGGCGGUCCACGAGCCCCCAGAGACGCUUUGAUUCCUCCAGCACAUCUCCCUCCAACCAGCGAAGGCAACAGUCCCCCCCACACAGCAGUAAACUCAUCCGCAGGGUGUCUCGCACGCCCGAGCCGCGUAACAAAAGAAUCUCUCCCAGUCCAAAGCCUAUAAGGAGGGCGUCGUCCAGAUCCAGAUCUCUUUCCCCUCAGCCUGCAGCUCAGAAACGUCCAGCCUCUGCAUCCCCCUCACCUUCUCGCUCUGUCAGUGGGUCUCCUCUGCCUCCCCCGGUCAAAAAGGCCAGCUGCGGUUCUGCCAGUCAGUCUCCAAGCAAGAAUUCAGAUGCCGAUGGAGGUGGAAAGAAGAAGAAAAAGAAGAAGGAAAAGAAACACAAGAAAGAUAAGAAGCACAAAAAGCACAAGAAGCAUAAGAAGGAGAAGGGCAGUGCCGCCGCGCCCGCCGACGUUCAAGAGAGCCGGGGUACAGAGGAGGACGGCGAUUCGAGAAAGGAAUCAGAGAGCGAAGUCGACGACACCUUAGAUGACCUGGAAAAGCACCUGCGAGAAAAGGCCCUGCGCUCGAUGAGGAAGGCCCAGAUCUCUCCAUCCGAGAUGUCCUGAGAACAAGAAGCGUUUUGAGUUUUCCUUUUCACUUUUGAUGUUCUUCAUCAUCUUAGGGUCGGCUUUAGAAUGUACAAAUUGUUGAUUCCUGAAUCCUGUUUCUUUUUUUUUUUACGGGUUCGGUACAUUCUGCAGAGUGAGUUUCUUUAAUAAAUCAACCCAUUAGAUAGUUUAUCUAAACUGUAAAACUUGUGUUGUCAAUACUUCAAAGAAAUGUGUGAUUUCAGAGGUCUGAGUGGGGCAGGUUAAUGAUAUGCGCCGAUUGUACAGUAGAUCAUUUGAGAAACGAUCGCAUGUUCAGUGACGAUGUCUGAUGUGCAUGGACCACUGACCAUAUGAAGAGCGUAGGGAAACGACGCCACACAAUAAGACGCUGUUACUAACGCCCUUUACUAGUGGAAGCUGCGUCACGGCUGUGUGCGCCCAAAAAAGGCUUUAACAAAACAUCCUGUUUCGUUUUCUAACUCACCCGAGGUGUUGGAACAUCAUAUAACCUGCUUUAUUCUGACUUUGAAAUUGUCUCGUUUAAAUUGAAAGCAAUUUGAUGUGAUACAUGCUUUAUUUUAUUUUUUUUUUCUAAACUGAUUGAUAUGCAAUUUAUGUUGAUGCCCCUGAACUGAGCUUAUUUCUGUGGGACUGCUAUAGUGUCUGAUUUGUAUUUAGUAACCUUUUCUCCCAUCAUCCUUUCAGAAAUAAAACUUUUUUUUAAGACACAG